AUUGGUACAUACAGUUAUUACAAUAUAAGUAAAAAUACGUUAAACUUCGAUAACGUAUGUGUAAAUACGGUCCAAACAGCGAAGAUCUAUCUCCAUAAUAUCGGAAAAGUUGCUGCACAAACUACCUUAAAAGUCGUAGACGGCAAAUGUUUUGGAGUUAGUCCACUGGUUGCAAGAAUUGAGGCUUAUAGUGUAUCUCCUAUUACUGUCACUUUUAAACCAGAUUCAAUAAACAUGUUUGAAGGUAAAUUGGAAAUCAGAUAUAAUGGUCGCAAUACGAAUUUCUUUGUUUUGGGUCUAUCUGGAAAAAGUUGUAUUCCCCAGGUUCAAAUAACUAAUAUAGAAGCAGAAGAUCAUGUACAUAAAAUUAUAUUUCCCCCUACUUAUCCCGAAGAAUGGCAGUUCAAAAAAGUUAUCAUAAAAAAUUCAGGAAUGAUUUCAUGUACAAUUAUUAUUAGUUUAUCUAUCGAAAAUAAUGAAUCUCCUUUUUUUAUAAUGCACACUGAUGAAGUACCAGAUCUUAGGAAUCAUGGAAUUGACAAACAAUUAAGUAUCUCUUCUGUAAAUAUUAGUUUAUGUCCUUCAGAAAGUACCAGUAUAUUUGUAUUUUUUAAAUCUAUGUCACCAAUUAUGGCUGAAGGAGAAGUUAAAAUAUUUAUUGUAAACAAUCCAUACGAAACAAAAAAGCUGGAACUUUAUGGUCAAUGUUAUGGAGGAGAAAUAACCGUUCAUGACCUACCUGCUUCUAAUCCAUCAGAAUGGAAUAUUAACCAAAACGAAAUCAUAUAUCACUUAGACUUCGGAUACUCUCCAUUAAGAAUAAUGAAUAAAAAAUACUUUUCAAUUAAAAACAAUUCAAAAACAUGCACUUAUCGAUUUAACUUCAGAAGCGAUGUUCCAAAUCUAUUUUUUCUGCCUAGUAUAGGACACUUAAAAGCAUCGUCUAGAAAAGAAAUUCUGGUAAUGGUAUCAUCGAAAGAACCAAAAACUUUACAUAAGUUUAUUAUAUUUCUAUAUUUUAGAAGGAAUAUUGGAGAAAACAUGGAAGCGUUUAAGGAACAAAUAAAAACUGCACUAGAUGUAAAAGAACCAAAUAUAAUUAUAAACUCAGAACAGCUACUUUUUGUCAAUUUUUUAGUUUCAUUCACUAGUGAUUUUGCUUCUUAUUCUUGUGAAACAAAAGAAUUGGUAUUUCCUGAUACAUAUGUCAAUAAUAAAAGUAAUCUUUCAUUUGAAGUCUUGAAUGGUGGUCUAGUUCCUUUAAAUCUGGAAUGGAUAUUAGCAUGUGUUAAUACGUUAUCGAAAAAUAAUACGACCGUUGGGGAGAAUGAAGUUACUUUGAAAAGCAACGAUCGAAAAACCUGCAAAUAUACCAGUAGUGUUAGCUUUUCCGAGCGUUCUAUAUCAAACGAGAGUUGGAGGAUAUCAAGCAGAAAUAUCGCUACCACUAGGCAUGGUUGUGAACGCUGUUUUCAAGAAUCAACAUUGGUUGUAUGUUCAAAACGCCUCACGCAGAAGAAGGCUAUGUCAGUUAUGCAGCCUGUUUGCCUUUAG